AUGGGCAUCCUCAAGCCCACCCCCGCCGACCCCUCCCACCCACCUCCCCAAUCCCUCCUCACCACGGCCCUCACCCUCCUCACCAUGCACUGGGCCACCCUCCUGCUCACCACCCUCCUCCUGCGCAGCCUUCUCCGACGCUACUUCUCCCCCCUGCACCAAUACCCAGGCCCGGUCCUCGCCUCCAUCACCCGCCUCUGGAAGGUCUGGUCCACCGCCUCGGGCCACACCCACCUGGACCACAUCGCGCUGCACCGGCGGCACGGCCCCGUCGUGCGCAUCGCGCCGGGCGAGGUGUCCGUGUCGUCGCCGGAGGCGGCGCGGGUGCUGCUGAGCGCGGGGAGGAGGUUUUAUAAGACGGGGUUUUAUGGGGUGUUUCCGCCGCCAGAGAAUCCGGAUAUUUUUACCGAGACGAGGGAGGAUGUGCACGCGGCGAAGAAGAGGGUCGCGAACGUGCCGUAUGGCAUGGCGGCGAUGCAGCAGCUGGGUCCGUUUGUGGAUGAUGUGGUGGAUUUGUUGGGAAGGAAGGUCGGGGAGCAUGUGGAUGGGCAGGGAGAGGGGGCGGUGUUUGAUUUGGGGGAUUAUUUGCAUUAUUUUGCGUUUGAUGUGCUGGGGGAGGUGGCGUUUAGUAGGGCGUUUGGGUUCUUGGAGCAGGGGAGGGAUGUCGAUGGGGCGAUCAAGACGAUUGAUAACUCGCAGGUGUAUAAUGGGAUCGUGGGGCAGGUGCCCGAGUUGGAUUAUCUGCUGAGGAGGAACCCGCUGUGGCGGUUUGUGCCGUGGUUGAGCACCAAGAAUGCGCUGAUCACGAGGAUGGCGCUGGAGGAGAUGGCGCGCCGGCAGCCGUUUGAUAAGGAUCGUGGAGGGUUGUUGAGGAGCGGUGAUGGCAGGCAGGAUCUGAUGGCUAGUUUGAUCCAGGGGCAUCUCAAGGACCCGGAGCGGUUUGGGGAGGGGGAUGUUUUUGCCGUUGCUCACGGUGCCAUCUUCGCCGGCUCCGAUUCGACCGCCUCCACGAUGCAGUCCUUCUUCUGGCACGUUCUCGACGACCAACGCGUUUACAACUCGGUGCUUCGCGAGAUCGAGCAGGCCGUCACGACCGGCGUCCUCCCCGCCGAGGGCAACGUCACCUGGAACCAGGCGCAGAGCCUGCCCUACCUGCAGGCCUGUCUCAAGGAGGCCAUGCGCGUGCGCCCGGCCGUCGGCCUCAACAUCACGCGCGUCGUGCCGCCCGAGGGUGCUGAACUGGAUGGUCACUUUUUCCCCGGUGGUACCACCAUCGCGUGCAACGGAUGGGUGCUGCACCGGGAUAAAGAGGUGUUUGGGCAAGAUGCUGAUGACUACAGGCCGGAACGGUGGUUGGAGGACGAGGAGAGAGCGAAGAGGAUGGAGCGGUAUAUGUUCCAGUUCGGUGGUGGAAGCCAUCUGUGCAUUGGCCGCAACCUGGCACUCCUCGAAAUCAACAAGGUCGUGCCGAGGUUGCUGCGCGACUAUCGCUUCGAGCUAGCACAUCCAGGGCGGCCGCUAAAGGCAAACGCCUCGUUCUUCGUGGUCCAGUCUGGUCUGGAGGUACGGAUUAAAAGGGCUUGA